AUGGAAUUCAAGCGUAUGUUCAACAGUGAGGGUAAAAACUCGGAUGGAAGUACCUCGAAUGAUAGUUGCGGAUAUUAUUAUGCGAGUGACGAUGAAUGGGACGAGGACGAAGGCCUCGAGUGCUAUGAGGGCUGCGAAUCCGGGGAAAAAAGUGUAGGGGAUGCCGUCGAUGGUAAUAGGUCGGGUGGUGCAGAUGAUGUGGCAGAGGGUGGUCUCAGCCGUCCAGUCGAUACACAAGACUUCUCGGGAAAAGAGUUUGCAACGGAGGAGGAUGCUUAUGCUGCCUACAAGGAGUUUGCUAAAUUAAGGGGCUUUGGAGUUCGAAAGGGAGAUGUAGCUCGUGUGAAUGGGGUGUUGAUUAGGAGAGACUUUUUCUGCCAUCGACAAGGUACAAGACAUCCUAAGCACUAUGACCGUCCUGAGCGAGUAAGGGAGGAGAGGUUGGAGAGUUGUACCGAUUGUAAGGCAACGUUGAAGAUUUACUAUGAUAUGCAACAUAGCGUGUGGAGGGUGAGAACCAUCGUGGAUGAACACAACCACGAGCUUGCCCCAACAGUGUUCACACAUUUCCUUCCUAGUCAUCAGAAGAUGAGUGAUGACAACAAGGCACAGGUGGAUAGUUUCAAGCAGUUCGGGAGCUCCACGUCAAAAAUAAUGGCUUACAUGGCGGGGCAAUCUGGUGGGUAUGGCAUGCUUCGAUUUACAAAACGAGAAGAGCUCAGAAGAACUCAGAAGAAGAAGAGCUUUGCAUCUGAACUCAAAUUUGGACUAAAUUCCUCAUUGAAUAAAAAAUUAAUUGAAAAAAACAAAAACCCAAGAAGUUAA